AUAAAAUGAGCUUUAAUAAUCAAAACUAUAUUUGUGAAGAAUUUAAGGUGGAAGAAAUAAUAUUUGUACCUGAUAUAAGAUAAACUAAGUCUAUUGUUACCAAUCCAAACAAAAUUAAUAAAAAGUUUUUGUAUCAAUAUAAUUAAGAUAUUCAAUUUGUUCAUUUUGCUUAGCCUAUUAAGAAAACGAAGAUACUACUCCAUAUUAAUGCAAGAAUAUCACUUGUGGUAAAUUUGUUAAAAUACCCAUCUAAUAUGAAGUGUUUCAAUGUCCCACUUGUUAUGCAAAUAUUCUGCAUCAACCUUAAAGUAUUUGAACAUUAUUCAAUUUAGGCUCAAUAAUUUGUUCAUAGUGCAAGAAAGUAGUAAAAUGGUCUGAUUAAUUAUUAAAUUAAGCAUCCUAAAUAUCGUAAGGCAUAAAAAAAUAAAAUUGAAG